CUGACACCGGUUCCUGAAUGUGUCGGCGGUAAUCUUGGUAAAUUUAAGAUUCCAAUGCAUGGCACAAAGAAUCUUCUUAGACGUUAAAAGAAAAUGGAACAGGAUAACACCAAAGAAAAUGAUCUGCCGCUGAUGGCGAACAUAGACACAUAUUGUGUCCAGCAUUAUAUUCUGGAUUUGAUGUGUGACUUUUCUAAAAACAUACUUUCUGGAUCAACGACACUCUUUGUUAAUCGUGUUAAAUCAGAUCCAGUGAAAUCUCAUUUAGAAAAUUACAUUUUACCAAUAAAAAAGCGGAAACAGGUAACUACAGACCAAAUUAUUACAGAGAAGAAACAGAAGAAUUGCAGCAAAGUUUUAAAAUGUUCUGAAAGCAAUUCAAAUAAACUUACAGAUUCUUUAAACUCUGAUAAUGUGUUUUUUGAUGAAGAACAUUCUAGUUUUGCUCAGUCUGAGCAAUAUUUAAAAGACUGCGAGGAAACUGAGUCAAGUUUUGCAACGCAUGAUAUUCCAAGCAAUAAUGAGAAAACGCCAUAUAUUCCAAAAUUGGGUACUGUUGGAUCUACACAAAUUAAUUCUUCGUGUUCAGAAGAGGAAAUUUUACCAACAGAUAUUACUUCAAAUGAUAAAAACGUCGAAGAAAUAAUUCCAUCAAUUGGCAAUCAAAGAAAUUUUAUGACUGCAAAGGAUAUAAGUAAAGAAUCUACGGAGUCAAUGAAUUCUUUUACAAUUUGUCAUUCAGAACAGAAACAAUUUACCAAAGUUUUACCUGGCAAUUCAGACAUUAACCUUCAGUCAGUGGAAGGUGGCAGUAACCAAUAUAACCAUUCCAUAUUUAUACUCGAUGCCUGCGAUAUUAUUGUUUCUGAAGUUACUUUAUUACCACUUCUUUGGUGCGAUAAAUGCCAAAAUAAAUGUUUUAAAGAAUGUGAAACAGGUGCUGAUUCCUCUGCCAAAAGAGAAGAAUUUUAUCGUCAAUGUUCUUUAAAAAUUGGUAAAGAAAUGUCAUUUAAAAAUGACAAAUGGUCACUGAGAAUUUUUGAGAAGGAUCCAACAGAAGAAUUCUGCCUAAAUUCCAAGUUUGCUAUUAAAAUUAAAUAUUCAACACUUGCCAAAGGGAAGUCAUUGAAAUGGGUACCAGACCAAGAUGGGAAUAUGUGCAUGUUUACUUGUGGACACUGGAUAAACAAUAGAUCCUUAUUUCCGAGUCAGGAUCAUUCUGAAGCUCUGUCUACUUGGCAAGCCUAUGUUACUGUUGAGAAUAUUCACACAGUCAUCAUGACAGGAGACAAAGAACCUCUAAUUACUAACACUGAAAAUGGAAAGCUUUGUUAUUUUUACCAGUCGACCAUGUUGUUACCUAGUUCUACAUUAGCCAUAGCAGUCGGACAAUGGCAACAUGCCACCAUAACACACCUCAUGUCCACACAUCAAGAUUCACAACAAAAUCAAAAAUGGGUUCCUGAAUUUUGUGCCUCUGUGCAUGGUUCUUGCAGUGUCAACUAUUCUAAGACUCCUGUGCCUUGUAGAGUUUUUGCUCCAAGAAGUCUCAUAUCAAAAGCAGAAUCAGAGUUUAAAUCAUACCUUCCAAAAUGUCUUACUAAGGCCUGCAGCAUUUUGGGCCCUUAUCCCUUUCGCCGAUUAGAUAUCCUUAUUACUCCUUCUUGUUUUAGUUGUCUUGGAUUGACAAGCCCCUGUGUGAUAUUUCUAUCCCAAUCUGUGUUGGUUGGAGAUGGAAGCUUCUGUAACUGUUUGGCACAUGAACUCUGCCAUUCUUGGUUUGGGCUUCUUAUUGGACCAAAAGACUGGACAGAAGAAUGGAUGACAGAAGGCUUUGCUUCCUUUGUAGAAGAUAUUAUACACACUGAUUUGAUUGGAUUAGAUGAACUAUUUGAGUUACGAGCCUUCUUGAAAUAUAAAUUACUUUCUGCUGAACUGGAACAUACUGAUACGAGUCUGCAAAUUAUGAGACCAAACAGGGAAGUUCCUGAAGAGAAGAAAACUAAUUAUAUUAAAAAUGGUAUGAACCCUGAGAAAAAAUGCAUGCAAGUACAUUAUUUAAAAGGUUAUUUCCUUCUCAGGUACCUUGCACAAAUCGUCGGAAUGGAACAGUUUCAGGAUUUCCUCAGAGUUUAUGUCACUAAGUACCAUGGUCAACUUGUGACCUCUCAGGAUUUCCUCAAAUUAUUAUUUGAUGUCUUCCCUAAUUUAAGUGAAGAAGGUUUAAGCACAACACAGAUCUGUACAGAGUGGCUGGAUGGAGCAGGUCUUCCAGUGCCUUUGCUGGGUUACAAAAUACCAACCGAACUAAGUCUUAUCAGUGAUGUAUGCAAUCAGGUACAGCUUAUUGAAAAGCAUUGUGCACAAAGGGAUUCCAAACCAUUGAAAGAUUUUAUGGAUAUCCUCAACUUCAAGCCUGUAUGUCAAGACCAGAUUGUAUUGUUUUUGGAAUUACUCCUUGAUGUUGCUCUUCCAAAGAAUAUCCUGGACAAUAUCCGUGAAAAGUUUGAUAUCAGUUGUGCUAAUCCAGAUAUACAGCAUAGAUGGUGUGAACUCUUAAUCAAAAAUAAAUAUGCUAAAUUUUAUGGUGAUAUUAAGAAUUUUCUGUUAUAUCAUCAGGCAAUGAGUACAUAUUUGUAUGGAGAAAUGGUUUUAUCUGGUACCAAGAAACAGACAUCCAUUGCUAAAGAAUGCUUUAAGGAACUUUUACCAUACAUGGAUGAAGAUUUAAAGGAAGCACUUAGCAAGAUGAUAUUUGGUUGACAUCCAAAGUGGUUUUAGAAUUAUUUUAAUGGAAUAUAUAUAUAUAUAUAUGUAUUGAUAAAAAUGGUAA